UACCUAUACCAUAGGCUUGUAUAGUUAUAUCAUAGUUGUGAUGCGGUCUUGUUUAUAAAUGUUUUUCACUUCAGAACAAACAAUCUUGACUUGAAAAACAACAUUUUGCCAUAAUUUUUUGUCCUGUUAUCGUUAAUUUUUGUAUUUUCUCAAUUAUGGAUGUGGAUAGCGAAGAAAAUGUGCAAUAUAGUAAACACGAUAAAGAAAAUGAAAAUACAUCACAAGAUAAUGCUGAAGUUCCUUCUGAAGAAGUCAGUACUUCAGAAGAGGAGUGCGAGGAGUCUCUCAAUCAAUCAACUCCAAAUCAAUCGAUGGUGAGAAAUGAUGAACCUUUAACAUCGGAAGAGCUCAUCAACACAUGUAAAUGGGAGCUAAAUCAGUUAGCAUGGGCUCGAAUGAGCAUUUACCCAUUUUGGCCAUGCAUGGUAACGCAUGACCCAAACUCGUUACUGACUUACAAGAAAGUUUCAACUGUUGGAAAAAUGAAAAGUCUUAUGAUACAUGUUCACUUUUUUAAUGAUCAUGGUAGACAUAGUUGGAUCCCAUCACAUCACAUGAUUCCUUUUUUGGGUAUAGAAGACUUCCGUAACAAAGCUAACCAAAUUACCAAUGACGUACGCAAAAAAGAACCGAAAUUUGCAUCAGCAUUAACUAUUAAACCAAAUAUAUUUCCUACAUGGCAAAAAGCAGUGGCUGAAGCUAUGGAUGUUUUAUAUGAACUUGAUUUGUCAUCUACUGAAAUAUUUAAAGCAAAAUUAAAAGACAUGACUAAUAAGGUUUCCAAAAGUGAUGAGAAAACAAGCAAUAAAAGAAAACGAAAAGAUGAAAGUAUUAAAAGUGUUAAGAAGGUAAAAGUUAGUUUGUCAUCUUGUGAUACCUUAGACCAAGUAGAUUCAGAAACCAAUCAAAAUGAUGACGAUGAAAGUUUGAGUCUAGAACCUAAAUCUCCAUUAAGUGAUGAUGCUCGUUCAGAAAAUAUGAAAAAACAAAAACGAAUCGCAAAAAUGAUCAAUAAAUUGCAGCCCCCAGAUUUUGAAGUUUAUUAUGAUAGGAAUUAUUUUAUAAUUAAACAACAGAAUAGUGAAGCAACAGAAGCAGAUAUUAAAAAAUAUUUGAAAAACUCUUGGGACCAAAUGUCAUCUGAAGAAAAAUUCAAAUAUCGUGCCCCGUACAAAGUUGAUAAAUAAUCAUUAGUCACUGAACUAGCAAAAGUUAUUUAAACAUUACAUAAAACUGAAUGUGCCUAAAGUAAAGCUAGAAUUGUAAAAAUAUUAAUUUGUAUAUUUUUAAUGCAUUUGGUUCAACUUAUAAUUGUUGAAACCUGCUAUCGAUCAAUUUUUUAAUUAAUCAAUUUAUUGGUCAUUUUAAGUUGAUUAUUUGUGUGCUCAAAAAUUAUCUAGAUUCUUUCUACUAUCAAUAAGUUCUUCCUAAAAAUGAAAUGAUUAACAUAAUUUUUAAUGUGCUAUGUUAAGAAUGAUUUAAGUAUAUAUAAUCAAAUGAAUGGAAAUGUGAAUCUAAUGAAUUUGUUUACUUAACAUUAGUAAAUACCUAUUACCUGAAA